AUAGCAAUUUUCCCGUAACUUUGGCAGCCUUUCGAUUCCUGUUCAAUGUUGAAGGUUGUGAACUCCUCAUGCUUCCGGAUUCGCCUCCACUACCUGGCUCCCAGUGUCCGGCCGACGUCCGAGUCCGAAUCGCCUCUGGUUAAGGUUAUUGGUACGCACAGAGGGUUGCGCCGGAGAAGCACGAAAUUGAGUAGUCGGGCGGUUUUCUGCUCCGAUGCCGGUGAUCGGUCGGAGCGGUCUUGAAAUUGAGGCAAGGCUGCAGAGGCCGGCUCGGUUUUAACAGUUAUUCGGACCGGGCCGACCGACCCAAAUUGGCGUUCGAUUUUAGGGUUCUCUGUCUAGGAACGGACAUCGGUUCCCUCUUACUCUGUCACUCGCAGUCCCACUCACCCUCACCCACCGUCGCUAAGCUGCCGACUACCGUUAACGUCGGCCACUCAGCCACCAUCGCUGUGGUCUCCUUCCGCUGUUGCUCCUUGGUAUCUUCUGGAUCUUUGCCUUCUGCACGUUUGUUUAGUAGAUUCAUGUGGAGAUUAAAGGGAGUUCGAAAUUCUUCCAGAAGAGAAGCAUAAACAAAGGUUCACAAAAGCAGCAACAAUUUCAAAGGUCAACUAUUAGUGUAAAACUUUGAGGGACGAUGAUCAGAGGCCAUGCCGGUGUUUUAAAACCUAGUUUUUCCUUCAUGAUAUUUGAGAUGCCUACUCUUGAAUGUCAUAAGUUCAAAAUUACUGCCCCAUCAACAUUUCAAAUGCCUUCUAACUAUGAGAAAAGGAGGGGUUUGAUUACAAAGCUACAAUAUUCUCAUGGUGAUAGGAGAACAGUCUUUAAAUCUCUGCAUUCAACUAUUUCAUCAAAGCCUUACAACGCUCAAGUGGGUAGAAAAGAAGAUAAAGCUUCAUCACUAUAUAGUCGCCCUAGUUUAGUCGAGAUGAAGAACGUGAGGCUUGAAAACCGUUCAAAGGUUUACGAGUUCUUGCGUGGAAUUGGUGUUGUUCCUGAUGAACUUGAUGGACUGGAGCUUCCUGUAACAGUCGAUGUUAUGAAGGAACGUGUUGAUUUUCUUCUCAAAUUGGGACUUACAAUCGAAGACAUAAAUAACUACCCUCUUGUCCUUGGGUGCAGUGUUAAGAAAAAUAUGAUACCAGUACUUGAUUACCUUGGUAAAUUAGGCGUUAGGAAAUCUACUUUCACUGAGUUCUUAAAACGGUAUCCGCAAGUCCUCCAUUCCAGCGUUGUUGUUGACCUUGCUCCAGUUGUCAAGUAUCUACAAGGCAUGGAUAUCAAGCCAAAUGAUAUCCCUCGCAUUCUCGAGAGAUAUCCAGAAGUAUUGGGGUUUAAGCUUGAGGGAACCAUGAGUACUUCAGUGGCAUACUUGGUAGGAAUUGGAGUUGCAAGAAGGGAAAUUGGAGGUGUUUUGACCAAAUAUCCUGAAAUUUUGGGAAUGAGGGUUGCUCGAGUAAUCAAGCCUUUUGUUGAGUAUCUUGAAAGUUUGGGCAUUCCAAGAUUAGCAGUGGCUAGGUUAAUAGAGAAACGACCUCACAUUCUGGGGUUUGGAUUGGAAAAAAACGUCAAACCCAAUAUCCAAUUGCUCUUGGAGUUCAAUGUAAGAGAAGCAUACCUUUCUUCGAUAGUGGCACAGUAUGCUGAGAUCAUAGGAAUGGACCUGGAAGGUAAGCUUCAAACUCAGAGAAAUUUACUAAAAUCAUUAAUUGAAUUGGACGACGAUAAUUUUGGUGCUAUCAUUGAAAAGAUGCCGCAAAUCGUUAGCCUCAGCAGUUCAGCUGUGAUAAACCAUGUAGAUUUCUUAAAAACUUGUGGGUUUUCCUUGCUUCAAGUAAAGAACAUGGUUAUAGGUUGCCCCCAGUUGCUUGCUUUGAAUAUUGACAUAAUGAAACACAGCUUUGAGUUUUUCCAUAUGGAUAUGGGAAGGCCCUUAGAAGACUUGGUCGCUUUUCCUGCAUUCUUUACUUAUGGUUUAGAGUCCACAAUAAAGCCCAGACAUAGGAAAGUUGUACAGAAGGGAAUCAGUUGUUCACUUUCAUGGCUCCUCAAUUGUUCUGAUGAAAAGUUUGUGGAAAGGAUGAGCUAUGAUACUAUAGAUAUGGAGGAGAUGGAGACCAUACCAACAUUCGAUAUGAAUUCUCUUAUACAACCUCAAAACAAUGAGUCGGAUUCUGAGUAUGAAGAGGAUAGUGAGGAGGAGACUUAACAGGCUGCUUCCUUGGCUGGAAGGGUAAUGGCUAUUUUGAAAACUUAUGGGUAUCAUCAUUAGAGCAUGUAACACUUUGAGAAAGGUAGUUCCUCCUGUUUUAUUCUACCAUAUUAAAUUUGACCAUA